AUGCGAGAUCCUGUGAUUAUAGCGUCCGGGCUGACGUACGAGCGUGCCUUUAUCGAGCAGUGGUUUGCGGAAGGGCACAUGACGUGUCCUAAAACGCGUCAGCGGGUAGAUCAUACUAACCUAUGUCCUAAUGUAGCCGUUAAAAAGAUGAUUACUGAUUGGUGCUUAGCGAAUCGCAUCACAUUAGCGCCUUUGGAGCCUCCCCCUUCUCUCGACGCGGUGAGGGGAUACGCGGGGGAAGGCCGCGGAAAGGGGGGCGGAAGCAGCGGCAGCGGAAGGCGGCCUCCUUCCGCCCAAGGUCCCGCGGACCGCCACCGGUCGCGCGGAGAGGGCCGUAGCAGUAGUCGUAAGGCGGAAGCGGAGGAGGACCAGGGGGAAAGGGGAGGGAUUGAGCGGCGGAACUCGUAUGACCGGGGAAGCGAGGACGGCCCGCGGAGGGAGCGGAAGGUCAAGGGGAAAAUGAAGGACGCGGGAGAAAGCAAGGGCGGGCGGGAUAGUAGAGAAACGAGGGAAGAGGGGGGGAGGGAAGCGGGAGAUCUGAGGGACAAAGGGGAGGUAGUGCGGGAGAAGAAAGGCAAGGGGACUGGCGACCGGGAGAAGCAGGGAGAGAAAGGAGGAACGGGGGUGUCGGGAAAAGAGCGUGCCAGCAAGAGCAGCGCGAAGAAGAAAGGGACUGAUAGGGACAAGAGGGAGGAUGAUGUGUCAGCGGAAGCGGAACGCGGGCACGAGAAAGACCGAGGAAUGGCGGCGGCCGCGCAAGGGCAGGGGCAGGCGCAGGCUGGGAAUGACAGAGAUCGGCACCAUGACACGUGGUCUGACUCAGAAGAUCAGGAUGAAGAUGCUGACGUGGCAGGCGGCAGGAAAAGGGACAAGGGCGGCGCCGCCGCCGCGGCGGGGGGAAAGUCCGCGGGGAAGUCCGCGACGUCGACGGCGCCGAGGAAGGUGCGGAAGGCGGUAGGGCGGAACGCGAGUUGGGGCGCGCAACCCGCGCAAUUAAUAGACUCUGGCGGGAGUAGGGUCGACGCGCUGCUGUCGGCGGGAAGGGAGGCGCACGAGGGCAGCAGCGAGGGAUCCGGACGUAGAUUAAAGGAGCGCGCGGAAAAAGCGGAGAUGGGAUCGGCGCGGAGAGGCGGCGCGAUGUCUCUGGGAACGACCCCCGAGCAUCCGAAGCGCGGGAUUUUAAAAGGCGGGAGUUCCAGGGAGUUUGGAACUAGCAGGAGCGUCGCCAGCGCUUCCGCCGUCGGCGCAGACAGUUCCCCGAUGCGCAUGCGCGGCGGGUCGCUGUCGGGGCGGCACGACGUGUUUGCUGACGACAGCGGCGGCUUCGAGAACAGCCAGAGGCGGUUCGGCGGGCACGAAAUGGAUAUCACGGUGGCAGCGGCGGCAGUGGCGGGGGUGUUUCGCGAUCGUGGCGCACCGGUUUCUCCGCGCGGGGAGGACGACAGCGAUGGGGAAGGGGAAGGGGAAGGGGGAGGGGAACGCGGAGGGGGAGGACAGGAUAGGUGGGAACGUGGAAGCCCCGGGAGCGGUCGGCAGAAUCCGGUGCUUGAGUCGGGGAGAAGGGGGGGGAAUGAUGCGCGCGGGGACGGCGAAAGGGACGGGGAGGGGGUAAGUAUCGGGGGAAAGAUGCCAGCUGGGGGGGUGAAUAUGGAGGCCCUAGCGCACGUGAAGGUCACGCGGAAGGAGCGCGCGCGGCUGAUGGAGCUAGCGGCGCAGCAGCAGGGCGGCGGAAGCGGCGGAAGCGCCAUGGGCGGAACGGGGAGCUCUAGCGGGCGCUUCAGCGCGGCCGUUCUAGGCCUCGAUCUGACUCCGGAGCACGAUGAGAACGGGGAGGGGAGCGGAGGCACAAGCACCGCGGGAGACCUCCCCAGCGGCCCGCCUUCCCCCCAUGCCGUCCCCCAGUGGCGGAACCUUCUUGUCGUGCGCACGCCCAUGGCUUCCGCCACUACUUCCCCCAUCAUGUCCCGCCAGGGCAGCCAGCGGGAGUCCGCCAGCGGGGGGAUUGCGGGCGCGGGGGGAGGGGGCUUCGGGGUGAGCGUGCAUGCACUGCGCGCGCGUGUCAUGGAGCUGGGGAAGGGCUCGGCGGGAGAUUUGGAGAGCGGGGGGGGGGAGGGCGGAGGUGGAGGGGGAGCGGCGGAGGGGGAGCGCAGGCUGGGGGAGCAUUCCCGUACGAAGACGUGGGGAGGGGGGGCGCUAGCGGCGCUACAGGGGGAAGCCGGGGGAGGGGGGGGGAAAGUAACCCGAGAGGAAGCGGCGCGGAGGGCGCAUAAGGGGAACGCUGGGGGCGAGGGCGGGGAUUUUGGGGGCGGAGGAGGAGUGGGGGAGAGGAACAGGCGGAGGAGAGGAGGAACGGAGACGUGGGAGCUUGAAGCAGAUGCUGCUGCUGGUCACGGGAGAUCAGGAGACAAGAGCAGCAGUCAGAGGGAGCAUGGUUCUACCUCCGGGCGGAUGCUAGAUAUACCUCCCCAUGAGCUGCUUCUGAUGCAGCAAUCGCAGCAGCACGCGCCGGCCAGCCAAGGCCGCUCCCCUCCCCUCUCCCGCCCCCCCCGCAACUCCCCCAAUGCCCCCGCUGCGCCCUACUCCGCCCCUUUCCCCGAGCCCCGGAACCUCUCCCGCCUGUCGUCCCCCCCCGUCCCCCGCCCGCACUCCCCGUUCCACUCCCCAGCUAGCGGGAGGUCCGUCAGCAGUUUGGGAGGUUCGGGGUUGUCUGGGAGCCAGGAUGACCUGUCCGCCACCUUGGACCAAACCGGAGCGGGAGGCUCGGGGCGGUGGUCCGGGAGGGGGGGAGGGGAAGGAGGGGAGGGCGGAGGGGGUGGGGGAGGGGUUGGUGGAGGGAGCAUAGGAGGGAGUGGGAGGCAUGGUGGAGGAUCAGAUGACGCUGGGGCGGGGAGUGCGGUUGGCAGCGGUGGCAGUGGUGGUAGCAGCGGUACAAAUGGGCGCAAUGGGACGGGAGCAAGCCCUGCAGAGGAGAAGGAGCGGCUACUGGGGCGAGGGCGGUCGUUGAGGGAGCAGCAGGCAGAAGGGAAAGCGGAAGGGAAAGUGGACCAGCGGGGAUUCGAACCCCCGCCUAGAGCAGGGAGGAGAAGCUUGGAUCUGGAGAGGACGAAAACGGGAAUGGGGACGCUAGCAGCAGGGGGGGGUACGGGCGGGGCGGGCAAAGGAAGGGGGGCAAGUAGGGGAGGCGCGGGGAGUGGGGGAGAGGGGGGAGGGGGGACUGCUGGUGGGGGGGCAGGAGGGGGAGCGGGAGGGGCUGGCGGAGGGGCGGGCGGAGGGGCGGGCGGAGGGGUUGCAGGAGGGGGGGUAAUAGUAGGGGAUCACAGUGUGGGUCUGGUGAUGGGCGGGAGUGGUAAAGAGCGGUAUGUAAGUGCAUCAUUCGGUUCUGUGGUUCGCCCUGCGAGUGCAGACACCCACAGGCGCAACAGGAGCGUGGGAUGGAACCUUCUAGACCCCAUGGCGAACCCAGGGGGAGGGGCAGCAGCAGCAGGAGCUGGAGCAGGGUUAGAGGGGGCACCAGGAAGGGGAGGAGGGGGAGGGGGAGGAGGAGGGUUGGGUAGAGCUAGAGACCCGUGGGAAAGGCCGGCCACGCCAGAGAGAAGAGGUGGGGAUAGCAGAGGAGGGGCGGGGGCACUGGGUGGGUCGGCACGGCGGGCGGCAGGCUCCGACUUCUUCUCUACUGAGGGACCGGGCGGCGCAGGUGUGGACCUGGGAUUCGAUCCUGAUGAGCUGGCAGCGCAGCUAGGAGCGCGAUUCUCCCAGCUGGCUGAAGAUCUGAGGAGCGGGUCGAGGAGUAAGAGAGUGGCAGCAGCGCGGACGAUCCGAAUAGACGUGAAAGGGCAGGGAGAGGCAGAGAUCCCGGUAGCUCGGAAGCAGCUGGUGCGUGCCGGGGUGAUUAAAGCCCUGGUAGCUGUGAUCAAGCGGGAGGGCGGGGCGGGAGAGGGAGGAGACGGAGAGGGGGAAGGAGAGAAGGCCGCGAGGCUGGAGGAGCUAGAUCAGGUCGCUGCCGCGAUUCUCGCUCUUGCUCUGCACUGGGCUGCGGCUCCUGAUUUAGCUCGAGCCGGGACCAUCCCUGCUCUAGUCCAGGUCUUGAAGCAAGGCUCUCAAUCUGCCAAAGCUGCGGCUGCGGCGACAAUGUAUGUUUUGGCGAAAGAGGAUGAUUUCCGGGGGGCGGUGCGGCAAUCGGGGGCCGUGCCACUGCUGCUGACGGUGAUCAAAGACGGGACGCCGAGAGGGAGAAAGGACGCGGCUCUGGCGCUGUUUGCGAUCUCGCUGUCGACGCGAGGAGCCAAGGAAGUGGUUUCAGCGGGGGCGAUUCCUGUACUGCUGGAUGUGAUCGGGCAGGAGGAUCUGCCCGGGCUGGAAGAAAAGGCCGUGGCGGUGCUGUUGAAUCUUUCGCGGCUGCCCGAGGGCUGCGAGGAGAUUGAGAGGAGCGACGGGAUGAUGAGAAUGGUAGAUUUGUUGGAUGAAGGGGCUUCGGAGCGGUCGAAAGAGGAUGCGGCUGCGGUGCUGCUCGCUAUGGUUAAAAUGGAGAUUGUCACUGUAAAGGAUCUGCUUGCAGAGGGGAUGUUGCCGUCGCUGGUUCGUGUGGCUGCUGGUGGUGGGAGCGAGAGCAAGGCGGCGGGAGCAGCUGUACCAGGGGGAGGGAAUGUGGCUCCGGAAGCCAAGGAGUUGCUAGAGCUGCUGAGGAAAGGAGGGAAAGACGGGGGGAAGGGGUAG